AUGUCGGAUUCUGCUCCGCUUAAUCCUGCAGGUAUACCUAUCCCGGAAGACGGAGCUAGUAGCCUGAGUAUGUCCUUUGAUGGUAAUGCUCCAGGUGACGAGGCUCCUCCCCGGGACAGUGAACCUCCUUUGACCACCAAUGCCCUGAGGAUACAUGACAUGCGUCUCUUCCAGAGAGGUGCGGUUUCGGAAGCUGCUGCCCCCACAGGAGCACCUAGUAGCCUCAGUACCACCACACCUUGGCAGGUCGUGUCUCCUCAUGAAAGACAAGCUUCAGCUCCAAAUGUAGCUGAAAGAGGUUCACUUCAGACCUUUAAUCCGACAGCACCGAGUUUCUCUAUGCCGAACUCCGCGACGAUGAACAGCUUAAUGAUUGGCGAACAAAGACUCAUGCAGAACCAAGCUAACGUAAGCCAGACGUUCAUUCAGAAUGAUAGAUCACCUCUGAUUGAACAGAUUGCUGAGCAUCGCCAUAACCAGAUCCUUGGUCAGAUCACGAACAGUUUUCAGGAGCAGAUGCUAUCUAUGGGUAGCCAUGUCAUGUCCGGAGUGUCGAAACUAAGAGUUGAACUUGCUCAGGCCGAAACAAGGCUUGGAGAAGAGGAACAGCAAGCCAGAGCCAGAUUCUCAACAGGCCAAACUCAAUUGGAAUCGCAGGCCCUUGAGAUAAACAUGGCUCGCGGUGAAGCUCAUGCCUUGGCUGAAAAAUUGAGAUCUGCAGAAUCGCACGCAGAUUUGUCAUAUGCUAGGCUCCAGGAGCAACUCCACCUAGCGGAAGCUAAGGCCAUGAGCAAUGCUGAUCUCAUGAACUCUGAGCUUGACAGUGUACGCGUUUCUGCUGCCCAGGCAACAAAUGCAGUGCAGGCUUCAUCUGAGGUUGAGAUCAAUCGCCUCUCUGCUGAGGUCCGAGACUUCAGAGUAGUCGUUAGUCAGGAGUCCGAGAAGCGGAAAGCAGCUGAGAGAGAGAACGCUGAGCUCAAAUUGCAGCUCAGCAAGGCAAUUGCCGCUCUUGAGGCUCAUGCCAACGCCUCGAGCUCUGUGCCCACUGUGCCCCCGGGACUUGUUCCGACGAUUCCUAUCAACACGCCUCCGCAGGAUGGCAUGGGACCAAGGUUCCGACGCCCCCCUGACGGUGGUGGCCCAGAUGAUGGGGAUGACGGCGGCAGUGAUGAUGAUGACUCCAGAUUAUCUCCCAAGCAGCUCAAGGCUCUGCUCAAAUCCCUGGCCAGGAGUAGCAAGAAGUCGGGGGAUGACAAGGAUACUGAGGAUGAAGGUAGCAAGAACAAGUCCAAAGAAGCCGAAAAGAUCGUCUUUCCUAAGUUUCCUACACCCGAGCAGCAGAUCCUGUUUCUCUUGCACAAGUACUUUGCUACCAAUGCUUUGCACAAUUCUGUUUAUGAUAUGGAAGACUUGUUGUCAGUCACCAUGACUAACGAGAAUUUGGUGACAUUCAUCAGGCGCCCCUCAGGUGCCUGCCAUGCCAGCACCCCAGAAGGUGCCAUCCGGGCGCCCUCGCACACCCACACCCGGCAGAGGCCGUGGUCCGCGCAGUCCCUCGAGGUCGCUGUGACCGUGGAGACAAAUGCACCUUCCUGCAUACGGGAAAGCCAGGUGCUGCGGCUCCGUCCGGAGGAUUCAAAGGGCAGUAAGAACUCCAAGGGUUCUAAUGGCUCGCGGAAGUCUGGGGGCUCAGGUCGCAAGAAGGGCGGUGGUCAUUCCAUUCCUACUGCGGUUUGCCUUUUAGGAGCAAUGAUGGCAGGCACGGCUCACCAUGCCGAUGCUUACACUCUCCGGAAGGAUGAGUCGUGUUGGCCCUCUCAUUAUUCCGAGUUUACACACCUGGCGCUUGCAGCGGUGUCAUUCGAUGACAGCCCUGACUAUAUCAACUUCCCUCUUAGAGAUGGAGAAUUGAAGUACUCUGUUGAAUACCCCAAACGUACCUUCACAAGUAGCUGGUCUACUGAGGACGUUCCAUCGGGCAACGCACAAUCCACCAGGGAUGCGCUCAUGGCAGCAAGGAUGCUACGCGCAUCUGUGCGGAGCAGUCUCGAUGGUGUGCCUGCAAAGUGCAACUUCUGUUGUGAUACCGAGUUUGGUUGCGACCACUGCAUUCCAAAGGGUCUAAGGGUUACGUGCCCCGCCAAACCAGAUGCAGCGUUAUGUUCUCAUCCCAUGGAAUGGAUAGGGGAUACAGGGAGUGCUCAAGAUCUCAUCUCCGAGCGGGAGCUCGCGGAUCUGGUUCCAUUUGAAUCAGACUGCCCAAUCAACAUCUCUACUGCGAAUGGUCCGGGCUAUGCCAACAGGCAAUGCGAGGUGGGGGUUCCCUCCAUCAAUAGCGUUGCCAAGCCAUAUGUGUUGCCCAACACUCCGAGCGUUCUUUCGGUUGGUCAGAGAUGCAUGGAGCAAGGGUAUGAUUUCAUUUGGAAAGGAUUUCAGAGACCAUACUUCAAAGUUCCUGGCAGUGGGAAGGUUUACCUUGAUGUACGGGAUAAUGUUCCAUACCUCAAAUCAUGGAAAGAAGGAACUGCGUGCCCUGCAAGAAGGAUCGCCGCAUCAUCAGGCGGGAGCCGUACGGACCCCGAGAUCGUGGCGAAAGAGCUUCUCCAGAAUCAGGACUUUUCGCAUCGGUCGUGCUUGAAAUUACUCAAAGAAUCAACUUUCAAACAGCCCAAGAGCCGUCGCAGUGCGAUCCGCGUCAAAGAUGACCGCGACUCAAAAUAUCUCGUGUUUGGAGCGUUUUCUCAUGGGGGAAUGCAAGGGAUCACAAAACGAUCCAAGUCCUACCCCAAAGUCAUUCAGUAUCUCCUGGGAUAUCUUAGGAAGCAUGGCGUUGAUGGGCCGGUGACGUCCUUAGCUGUGAAUUGUAAUUCCGAUGUCAAGAUGCACAAGGAUGUGAACAAUCAUCGUGACCACGACAAUUUCACAAUCUCGCUUGGAGACUUCACAGGCGGGCAGUUGUGGGUUCAUGAUAACUGCCUCGAGAAGAACCAACGUGACACUGAGGUGAUGACCUCUCCUUCGGGAGAUUCAGUGGUAGGGAAGUUGUGGGAUUCAAGAGAGAAUGUUGUGACGUUCAAUCCCAAAUCCUAUCAUUGCGUCACUCCCUGGAAAGGUGAGAGGUGGAGCAUCACGGCCUAUGUCAACCGAGCUAUCCAUAAACUUAGCCCAGAUGAGAUUACCAAAUUGAAAGAGUAUGGGUUCCUUGUUCCGCGGAGGAGCGUUGAGGUUCCUGCUGCUCCUGUCGAGAUUGAUGAAGAGAUGACACUACAUGAUCUAGCAAUGAUGGACUUGCCCAAGAGCUCUCCAGAUCGUGAGGAAGCCUCGUACCUGCUGAACCGAGCGAUUCGCCUCCUCAUCCUGAAGGACGAGUGCAUUGCCGCGUUGCAGCAUUUUGUUUCCUCCUCUGACGAGGCCUAUCAGUUUCAUGUUCCCAACGGAGAGUUUGUUUUUCCCAUGCGUGAAAGGUACGAAAAGGUCCAGCAAGGUCUUGCUACUGAUGCGUUAGAAGGCCCAGUGUCACAAUCGCUGACGAACCAAGAUGCCGAGCCUGCUCUUGAGCAGGACUCCGUUGACGCCGACCGGAAGGAUGAACCCUCGUUGGUCAUUGAUCCAAAGAGUGGGAAAAUGAUUCCCAUUCCGGAAGGGGGUGGUUACUACGACUCGGGGGGUACCCUGGGACGUAGAUAUGGCGGGACCAGAGGUUCCAGAAAGCCAGAUAGUAUUCCAUCUGAUCUUUGGGUUCGGUUGUCUAAGAAGCAGAAAGACAAAGCGAUUGAAGACGAAGUCCGGGAGAAUGCUCUCAGAGAACUCGAGUCUGGUGGUGGUGGUUCAUCAAGCAGCAGCGGCAAGCCUGCCGCAGUGGCGAAUGCUUCCAAGGAUGAAUGGGUCAUCCGGGGGGACAAGUUGAUCAGGUUCCAUUACAUUCCCAGAAAGGAGUUGUUUUCGCCUGACCUGCCGCUAGGCGGUACAGAGAUUAUCCCCGACGCAGAUGAAUGGCGCAACGUUAGGAGGCGUAAUAAGAAGUUGUCAUACAAAUGGAUUGGUAGAACCGAGUUUAGUGUAAUUGCACGUCCCGAUUCUUCUGGUCAAGCAACUGUUGGGUCCCAGGACUUCCCAUGCAUGCCUACUGUUCCAACUGCUGAAGAUCCGCAUAGAACCAAAGUUGCCCGCGCAUUCCCUGAAACGUUUCAGGAAAUCACUGAGGCCAUUGCCAUGGUUGCUAGGCCAGUGGGCAAAAAGGAACUCAUGACGGAUUCAGACGCUCAAGCGUCAUUGGAUAUGGAAUGGGAUAAACUCAUCAAGAAGAAGGCCUGGGAUAUGUCAACUGUCAGAGAGUGGGAUGACGUGUCAAAAGAAGCUGCUAAGAAGGGUAAGAAAGCCCAUGUAGGCAAGAUCUUUGAAAUCUGCGUUGAAAAAGGUAGCGAGCUUCCCAAAGGAAACCCCUUACGGAAGUUCAAGGGUCGAACCGUCUUUCAGGGUAAUAAUGUCAGAGAUGAGAACAACGACACUGCUCUCUUUAGCGAGCUGGGCUCCAGUCCAGCUACCAUGGAGGCAGGGAAGGUUCUCGACGCCUAUGGCCAUGCCCCAAACCAUGGGGUAGAACAAGCAGAUGGCAAACAGGCGUACACUCAGACAACCCUUAAAGGAGCAGACACUUGGGUACGCCUCCCGCGGGAGCGGUGGCCUAAAGAGUGGAUAGGGAAAUAUAAAGAUCCCGUUGUGCGUUUGAGGUUGGCCCUCUACGGGCACCCAGAUAGCGGCGGCUUCUGGGAGCAACAUUGCGAGAAACGACUCAAGGAGGUAGGAUUUGAGCUUGUCUACCCAGCGGCGUGGCCCUCAGUAUUCUUUCACCCGACACUUAGGCUCUUGUUAGCAGUGUACGUGGAUGACUUCAAGAUGGCCGGGCCUAAAGAGAACCUUGCCAAAGGCUGGGAACUCAUUGGCUCCCGCAUCGAUAUGGUCCCAUUCAAACCUCGCGCGGCGGAAGCCCUCGCCCUCGACCUCGGGUCGCACAGACUCACCGUGGCUGCUCCUCUAGGCAAAGAGGACUCGCCAACCGAGACGUGGGAAGAGCGGAAGGCUCGCAUCGAGGACUUCAAGCUUGCCUUGCAG